GCCCACACACGUCUGAAGAAACGGCAGCAUUUGUAUAUGUGCGGUGACCACGAAGCGUCAGAGAUGAUCGCAUAGCGUCGACGGCUUUCAGUAAUCAUAUUGAAGUUAGUAACGUUAUCGUAACGAUUCAUGCUGAGGAAAAACCGUUAUUAAGCAAGUUUGGAAUUGUUUGAAAUUUAGUAAACUGUAACAAAACAAAACACACUCAUAAUUCAAAAUCUUAGUGUAGUGAUUGCCCCCAAUGUUUCGAUACGAUAACGUCACUAACUUCAAUCUCGUUUUCAGUGUGGGUUCUUUAUCGCAAUCAGGGUUCAAAGAUCAAAUAGUGCCAAGAUCAUUCUCAGUUUUUAGUCGAUCUUGACGAGCUACAUAUUCUCGUUAUGCGGGCUUUUGAUCAAUACGUCGUUUUCGCCCUGAUCACGAUUUUCUUCACCGUUGCAAUCGCCACGUCUGCAGCAUCAGACGAGCUGAGCAAUGACGUAGACGGUCAGGAAACCGUUUCCGUGGUUCAGGAUGAGAUUCUCCAGGAUCUUCCCUCCGAAAAGAUCGCUACAGAAUCGGCGCAUGUUGCUGGUAAGCAGGACACUGACAGACCGGUAAAUGGGAGUAAAACCGAGGAGGAUCCAAAUGAGCUUGAUAAUCUUUUCGAAACGGGUGUCGAGUCGUAUCUGAACGAUGACUGGCAAGGGUGCAUCGACGACUUCCACAAAGCCCUUAACAGCUACAAAAUGCACAAAAAGACGGUUGCUGAUUGCCGAAGACAGUGCCGAGCGGAAGUUAACGACGUUGAACCAAUAUUUCCGUACGACAUAGAAGAUAUGCACUUCUUCGAAAGAAAAGUCAGGGAAACGUUGUGUUUGAUGAAAUGCAAGAAGAUCGUGAGGAAUAAAGACAAUGAUAGACAGUUGCCCGUUCAUGUGGAGAGGAAGUACAUUGAACGUAAGGCCUACGAGUUUCUGCACAUUUGCUAUUACAAGACGAAGCGGUACCAGGAUGCGGCGAAUGCCAUUUUCACGUUUUUGACCAUUCACCCGACGGACAAUCAAACCUUGAGAAACAUGCAGUUCUACGUAGAUCUUCCCGAAGUCGUUCAAGAGGAUAUAGUAGAUUUGGAAAGUGACCCAUUCCAAGCAAUGUACAAAGAUGGAGUUAUAGCCUAUUACGAAGAAAAUUAUCCGGAGGUUAUUGAGCAGCUUGAAAAUUCUCUCAAGGCUUACAUGAAAGCUGAAGAGGAUUGCAGAUUGUAUUGCGAAGGUCCAUUCGACCAGGGAUGGCUUCCAGACUUUACCAUGUCCAUUGCGAUUGGUAAAUUUAAAGAAGCGUGUGCCGCGGUUGAAAGCUUUUUGCUUUUCAUACCGACCGAUGAGACCGUUUUGAGGAACAAGAGAUAUUUUAUGGAACUACCGGAAGUCAAAGAAGAAUACUUCAAGCCACGCGAGGAAGCCGAGUCGUACUUCAAGAGGCAAGAAUACGAACUGCGCAUUCUACUCUACAUACAAGAACAAUUUAAUUCUGCAAAAAAUUGAACUAAACAAAACGCACGUUCAAGAACAAUUUAAUUCUGCAAAAAACUGAACCGAACAAAAUGCAGUUUACUUUUUUACAAUUAAUUUUAUGCAUACAUUCGUUUACAUGCAUUAAUAAAUAUACGUAAAUAAUUAAGCUUCUUCAAGCUCAGAGCGCAAAUCACCUGUCUUUUAAUUGUAGAAUUGAAACUGAUUACAUGAUUAUUAGGAAUUUCGGAUUGAAUCAAGUAGUGGAAAUCACAAACCCGAGAAAAACUAUAAGUAAUUAAUUUUACUUUGAAACAAACUAUUUUUUCUGAUUCGGAAUUUUAUAAUUUUCGAAUUAAACCGUUUCUCACUUACACGCAAA